AUGGCUCCGCUCAUGAAGUUGGUGUUUCUCAAGUUCUGAUCUUCGUUUCUGACACCCGGCGAGUCCCAGAAGGAACGUCUAAACAGCCUGUCUAACAAGUCGAGCAUCGUCAAUAGAGAGUAUACACAAGCUUUCAGGACCAAGUCCUACGCGGAACUGUGUACUAAAGUCCAAUCCCAGAUUGGAAGAACAAGCAUUGAUAGGUCACUCUCAUCGUCUUCUCUGUCUGACACUGCCCAUUGCAUGGUGCGCCUCUCGGAAUCGCUCCUUGAACCGGGACGGGAAACUCUCGAGAACAUGAUCAUGACUUUGAAUAUCCAUCAUCUUCUUCUCGACUACUUCCAGGCGAGCUCGGACGCCUGUGACGUGUGUGAGUUGCUCCUCCGGGGGAUCCACCAGACUCGCGCCAAUUACCAUAGUAUCGGAAGGGCAAUCAAGUUGGCAGAAAUGGUAUUUGAAGAUGCCAGUCAUGUGGAAGAGCAGAACCAUCUCAUAUGCCGAGAGCUCUCUGCGUUUGCCUCGCUGACAAACCCUUUAUCAGCGAUCACCUGGGUCCAGUUCCAGGGCAUGCACGGCAAUUACAUGGCAUUGUUUCAUGAGUUGACGACCAACCACAAGAAGAUGCGGAGGAGAAUGAAGCUGGCUGGGCCUUGCAAGAGGGUCGGAGGGCUUGGGUUGAUUGUUUCGUACAGUGCAAUCACAGCCGCCACGCUGGUGCUGGCAAUUCACAGCGUUGUUGGCAUCUUGGCAGUGCUGGGGCUGGCGGCAAGCUGCUGUAUCACGAUGUGCAAAAGGAAGGGGAAGUCCAUUAGGUCAUCAUCAUAUGUAGAGAAAAGCUCAUUGACAGAAGGAGUUUGUGAACCGCUAGAUGUUGCGGCGAAAGGGGUGUUCAUACUGAUCAACGACUUGGACACUGUAAGCAGGUUGGCCUGGAGAUUGCACGACGAGGUCGAGCAUGGCAGAUGGAGGGCGGGGAUGGCGGUGAGGAAUUACACGAGGAUGGGUGAGAUUAUGUGGGAGGUUGUGAAGGAGUUUCAUGUCCAUACUGCCUGUUUCUUGGAGCUGCUAGAGGAGCUUGAAGAGCAUAUUUACUUGUGCCUUGUCACCAUGAACAGGUCAAGAAGGUUGGUUGUGGAAGAGAUCUUGAUCUCUCACUCCAUUAGCUGAAUCAAUGUGGUUAUUCAUCAAUUUAUCUGACAAUUAAUUGCUUGUCAAUUUAGACAUUUUUGUGAUAGCUGCCAAUGGCCUAUGCCAUUUGAGAUGUUUCAUGACAAGGGGGCUUCAUCAGAUGCUUUUACU